CGGCGGCGCGGUGCUGGGCGCGGGGCGGCAUGGCCACCACCGCGCAGUACCUGCCGCGGGGCCCCGGAGGCGGAGCCGGGGGCACCGGGCCGCUAAUGCACCCGGACGCCGCGGCAGCGGCAGCGGCGGCGGCGGCCGCCGAGCGGCUGCACGCAGGGGCCGCGUACCGCGAAGUGCAGAAGCUGAUGCACCACGAGUGGCUGGGCGCGGGCGCGGGCCACCCCGUGGGCCUAGCGCACCCCCAGUGGCUACCCACGGCAGGAGGCGGCGGCAGUGACUGGGCCGGCGGCCCGCACCUGGAACACGGCAAGGCGGGCGGCGGCGGCACCGGCCGAGCCGACGACGGCGGAGGAGGAGGUUUCCACGCGCGCCUGGUGCACCAGGGGGCGGCCCACGCGGGCGCGGCAUGGGCGCAGGGAGGCACAGCGCACCACUUGGGCCCAGCGAUGUCGCCGUCGCCCGGAGCUGGCGGGGGCCAUCAGCCCCAGCCGCUCGGGCUGUACGCGCAGGCGGCCUACCCGGGGGGCGGCGGCGGCGGCCUGGCCGGGAUGCUGGCGGCGGGUGGCGGCGGCGCGGGGCCGGGCCUGCACCACGCGCUGCACGAGGACGGCCACGAGGCGCAGCUGGAGCCGUCGCCGCCGCCGCAUCUGGGCGCCCACGGACACGCACACGGACACGCACACGCGGGCGGCCUGCACGCGGCGGCGGCGCACCUGCACCCGGGCGCGGGCGGCGGCGGCUCGUCGGUGGGCGAGCACUCGGACGAGGAUGCGCCCAGCUCAGACGACCUGGAGCAGUUCGCCAAGCAGUUCAAGCAGCGGCGCAUCAAGCUGGGCUUCACGCAGGCCGACGUGGGGCUGGCCCUGGGCACACUCUACGGUAACGUGUUCUCGCAGACCACCAUCUGCCGAUUCGAGGCCCUGCAGCUGAGCUUCAAGAACAUGUGCAAGCUGAAGCCGCUGCUCAACAAGUGGCUGGAGGAGACCGACUCGUCUAGCGGCAGCCCCACCAACCUGGACAAGAUCGCGGCGCAGGGCCGCAAGCGCAAGAAGCGCACGUCCAUUGAGGUAGGGGUCAAAGGCGCGCUGGAGAGCCACUUUCUCAAGUGCCCCAAGCCCUCAGCGCACGAGAUCACCGGCUUGGCCGACAGCCUGCAGCUGGAGAAGGAGGUGGUGCGCGUCUGGUUCUGCAACCGGCGGCAGAAGGAGAAGCGCAUGACCCCUGCGGCUGGCGCGGGCCACCCACCCAUGGACGACGUAUACGCGCCUGGGGAGCUGGGGCCGGGUGGGGGCGGUGCGUCGCCGCCCUCGGCGCCCCCGCCGCCCCCGCCGGCCGCGCUGCACCACCACCAUCACCACACACUGCCCGGCUCGGUGCAGUGACCCUGCGGGCUGGGCCCCCGCCGGCGCGCAGCAGGGCGCGGGCGCGCAGCCCGCCCGCGCGGCCUGGACUCUUUUUGUUCGGUUGCUUUGGAUUUUACAAAAAGCCCAGAAACUUUCGAACAAAACCAAACACCCGGACGACCCUCUUCGGUGAUCGGCGAAGACGGCUUAUAGGCUGUGUCGCCCAAGCCCCAGGAGAGAGGAGCGAAGAUCCGGAACUCGCCAACUCACCCCGGGCAUCCCGCCCGCCGCCUGCUCUCUGCCCCCAUCCCCUCGACGACCCCCGCCCCUGCCCCUCGGGCUGUUCGGGGCCGGAUCCCGGCAGCGGCCUCCCCACAGCGACAGGUAACGCGGUGCGGGGUGAGGGGUUCCCCGGGAGAGAGGACGAAAAGAGGAGAGUUCCCCAAUCCCCUCUCCCCGCGUGGACUCCCGAGCCUGCGGGUCAAGGGUUGGGGGCUGACACUCUAUUCGCUCCACGCCUCUCCUCUCCUAUAAGGAUGCGCCCCACCCCACUUUCCCCUUUCUCCGGGCUUGGUUUUUUACGGUUUUUAUUUAUUCGUGGAGCCUCUCGGCUCCUGGGGUCCUUCUAACUCCGCCCGCGCCCUUAAUUUAAAUCGCUGUAUACUGUAUUUAUCGGGGCCCUGGAGGGGAGGUCGCGAGAGCCGCGUCUGUGUAUAAAAGCAGGAAAUAGCCAAAGCUUUAAUCUAGCCUAAUUUAUUUUUUCCCCUUAUCUUCCCCUCCCCUCCCCAAGAAAAAAAAAAAAAAAAAAAAAACUAACAAAAAAAAAAUCGAGUGUUCAUUUUUCGUUUCGUUUCAUCCGAGCCCGGGCUUGGUUCCCGGCCACGCCGGAGGGGUCUGCGCUCCCACACACACCCAGAUGGGAAGGGGCUUCUGCCCGCUGCAGACUGACCGCCAAACCGCGGGGCCCCUACUCCCGCGGGGCCCUGCCCUCCUGGCCGUAACAAACGAAACUUGGAAAAGUUGGAGAUAUUUUUUAACCAGCUGUAGAAAUAAGCCCUUCCCUGAGAACCUUCUGCCUGACUCCCUGCGGCUUCCCUCUGCUCCCUUUUCCAGCCCCCGAGGAUGCGGGACGCUGGGGGAGGCCGGGAGAAAAAUCCCCCAAGUUCGGGGUGAGGUGGGAACCAUGUAAAUAUGUGAGAUAUGUACACACUGGUGGGGAGAAGAAACAUUUUGUGCUUGGUUUUUAUUUUUGGUUUUCCGAGUUGCCCUUCCUCCCCUCCUAAAGGAUUUUGUACACCGACUAAUCCGAAAAAGAUAUUUUAAUAUGAUUUACGGAUUUCUGACCCAUCUCUAUUUAUUUUCUGGAUGUGUUUGGAGCUUCCCCCCUUCUCCAUUUCUUCUUCUGUUUGUUAUGGUAUGAAUUUAAAUUUUGUUAUUUUAUUUUUUAUUAUUUUUUGAAACAAUGUUUUGGUGCAUUCUCUUUGUAUCUUUAUUGCAAAAAAAAAUAAUGUAGACUGGGAAGUUCCCUUUAUAUUUAUGUUAUAGUAAAUAUUUUAUUACUCACAUAAACAUGUACCCCAGGGCUGUGUCCUGUCCUCUUUACUGCUAGGGCUGGGUCGCAAUUCGGGGGAAGUGAUGGGAUACCCUGCCUCACCUCCCUAAAGUUCGGUUCUGGCCUCACUAAGAGAGAUCUCAGAGGAAGGUGACCACGCAGACUUUCUUCCAGGCCAGUAUCAGGACUUGGGCAACAGCUGGGCCCCUGCUUCAGGUGUGUCAGUUUAGGGAGGAGGAAGCUGCCAAGUGCCCCCCCCCAGACUCUUCUGAGAUCAGACCAGGGCCCGGGACAGUGAACCACAGAUACCACAUGGAAUUUGGGUCAGCCAUUCCUCAAGCACAACUCAACUGCUCUUCUCAGCCAAGGAAGAAGCCCGUCUCGGCCUGGAUCGCCAGCCCGGAAUCUCUAUAAUCCCAUACCUGACACACUGACCCCCAACUUUGAUUUCACUUUGUAUUUCAUAUGUGGAGUCCAGGCCAACUUCACCAUCCCAGGUCCUGGGCAGCUGGAAGCCUGGUCAGGCCCCAUCAUCCUACCCAACUGGCUCUCCACCUGCAAUCCAAACCCUCCUGGAUCCACAGGGAGGUCUAACAGCUUAGAGAUCCAUUUAGUGGUCCCGAAUGAGCUGAGUCAGCCUGGGGAGGGAGCCCUGCCGAUUUGCUGGGGCAAAACCAGUCCCACUUCUCUGCAAACAAACUACCUGUCCCAACUUCUGGGGAGAAGUAAGGGCAGAAACAAUUGUGCCACCGGAAAGAUUUGACAUUUCCAAUCCAGGGGUGGGUGCCCAAGACCCCACCACCCCAGAGAGCGAUGCCUGUGGGAGGGGGGAGGAAAGGCACAGGUAUCCUCAGCCGCUCCUCUCUCCAGCCUUCAGCAGUGACAUCCCCUCCGAGAGUCAAGCUGGCAGGGAACAAGUCCAAAGCCCAAGACUACCUGCGUCCCAGGCAAGAUCUUAUAUUUUCUUUUAAAAAACUGUUCUUAAAAAUACUAAUAAAAGAGCUGUUCCUGUUUCCUCCGUAGACGAGGUUCUUUUCGCUUCUCAGGAGAAACCACACAAGUUUUCUCACUCUUCGUGGAGCCAGAGCUUGAAGGCACAAUCUUUAGGCCAGGGAAAAGUCCCUAGUGAGGGGGUACGUGGAGCCUCUCCUGCCAGAGAAGCUGCCCAAGUCCAGGCCUGCGGGAGGCCUUGGCUCUAGCCGACGGCAUUAGGGAUACCCACAGAGGUGUUCCUAGACCCCGAAGUUGGUGGUCUCUGGCAGGGCUGGGGGCCUCCGGAUGACUGUGACAUACUGAGAGUUCCUGGUGACUUUCAGAGCUCUGCCCCUCAGUCUUGGGGGGAAUUGUCUCUGCAAGUAUGAAAGCUGCCUCGGGUUCCAAAGGUUCAGCCUCUCCCUCCCU